CCUGAUCCACACAAGUGAGACGUGAGCUGCAGCGAUGAUUGACAGCUCAGCCCCCCGGGCGAGCCCCGCCCUCGCGUGACGUCACUGUGUCAGUGCUGAGCAGAAGGAGGAGAAGCCGAGCCUGGUCCACUUCCUGCACACCCAGGGCAAGCAGCAGGCACACACUCUGCCCUCCGUGCCAUGGAUCUGGAUUCCGUCCUAGAGAAGCUGGAGAGUGGGGAGCAGGAGCUGGUGCAGAAGGCACUGAUGGAGUAUAACAAGGAGAACUCUCAAUGUUUCUUCUUCAACACGGAGCAGAGAGAGCAAAGAAAGAAACUUGGAGAAGUGGUGAUCAAGUUCCUGGAGCGAGAUUUGCAACCUUCCUGCCAGAUAGCCUGUCUAGAAACCAUCCGCAUUCUUUCCCGUGACAAGUACGGAUUGGCCCCUUUUACCAGUCGCUCUGCAAUGCAAAUCUUGGCCAGAUAUGCAGGUCUGGACUACUUCGAUGAAGUGGAGGUGCCUCGUAUCCCGGACAGUGAGAGUGCAGUGGAAGCUCUGAAGGGUCUCUGCAAUAUUGUUUACAACAGUGUCGAGGCCCAAGAAGUGGCCACUGAGUUGCGUCUGGUGUGCGGCCUAGCUCGCCGCCUCAAGCUUUACAAUGAGACCAGGUCGUCUCAUGAAAGCAAGUUCUUCGACUUGCGCUUGCUCUUCCUUCUCACAGCCCUCAGAGUGGAUGUACGGAGACAGCUCGCCCGAGAGUUAAGGGGCGUCAGUCUGCUAACUGAUGCUUUGGAAAGCACUCUGGCCUUGAAAUGGUCCGACAUCUACGAGGUGGUGACAGAUCGUCUAGCGCCACCUUUAGGGAAAGAAGAAACUGAAAGAGUGAUGGAAAUCCUAAAGACUCUCUUUAAUAUCACCUUUGAUAUCAGCCGCAGGGAAGUUGAUGAGGAAGAUGCAGCUCUCUAUCGCCACCUGGCAGCUAUUCUUAGGCACUGCUUACUGAGGCAAAGUGAUGGAGAAGACAGGACAGAGGAAUUCCAUGGACACACAGUGAAUCUUCUGGUGAACCUGCCCCUGAUGUGUCUUGACGUUCUGCUAACCCCUAAGGUGGAACUCGGCUCUGUGGAGUACAUGGGAAUGAAUAUGGAUACUGUGGAGGUUCUUCUUCAAUUCCUGGACAGGAGGUUGGACAGGGGCCACAAGUUGCGUGAGACGCUGACUCCUGUUUUGAAUCUCCUUACUGAAAGUUCACGUGUUCAUCGAGAGACUCGAAAGUUCCUCCGGGCGAAGGUGUUACCUCCUCUGAGAGAUGUAAAGAACCGCCCGGAGGUUGGAAAUACACUGCGCAAUAAGCUGGUCCGUCUGAUGACCCACGUAGACACAGAUGUAAAGCAUUGUGCGGCAGAAUUCCUUUUUGUCCUUUGUAAGGAAAAUGUAUCUCGCUUUGUGAAAUACACCGGAUAUGGUAAUGCUGCUGGCCUGCUUGCUGCCCGGGGAUUGCUGGCGGGAGGACGUGGAGAAGGACGGUACUCUGAAGAUGAAGACACAGAUACAGAAGAAUACAGAGAAGCCAAACCUAACAUUAACCCUGUAACUGGGCGCGUGGAAGAGAAGCAGCCCAAUCCUAUGGACGGGAUGACCGAGGAGCAGAAAGAGUAUGAGGCCAUGAAGCUGGUCAGCAUGUUCGACAAGUUAUCUCGAGAACAGAUCAUUCAGCCCAUGGGUGUCACAUCUGAUGGGAGGCUGGAGGCUUUAGAUGAGGCCGCACAGAGGAUGCUACAACAACAGGAAUCUUCUGAUCUGGAGACGACUGAUUCGGACUAAAACUCUCAACAAGUUGAAAGCACAUGUAAGAUGUCCGAGCCAUGCGAAGCCGAGCCGGAGAAAGAGAGACUACGAACAGCUUUACAGGCACCAUAAACCACAAGGGAAACUUAAUGUAGAUUACUGUAGAUGUAUGUCUCAGACCUCGGCAGUAGAGCAGACUCUGGGACGUCUUAUAGUAUAAUGUGAUCCGUCUUAGCAGCACCUUCAGCCGCUGAGGACAUAGAGAUGUGAUACGUCAGCCGUUUCCCGUAAGCCUUGGCACAGAAUGCUAGCGGCUCUGCUUGGGUAGACGUUCUGAGCGUUGUCAACUUUUAGAAAGUUGUCACUACACAAAGCUUCACCACUAUAGGGCAGCACUUCUUAUAUACACUGCCAGCAGGGGCAACUGUUUUAUUUUAGAUUUCAGUAGGUCCAAGUGAUGGAUGUAUUGGCCGCCGGAGUCUCAAUCCUCCUAAAAUAAUAAUCCCCAAGUAAUUUUCCAAAAAAAGAGAACACAAUGUAUAGGGGUACAGCAGCUCAGGAUACACUAAAAAGACGUAUAAAGAAAAGCAAAAAAAAUAAAAAAAUUAUGGGAAAAAAAGGGAACAUUAGUUGCACAAAUUAACUAUAAAGUUUCAGGUCUUUCCCCAGCGUAGGGAAGAACCAAUGUGAAGAAAUCUAGGUAUAUGAACCAGAAACCUAAGUAGCCAAAUCUGAGGUCAAGGUGACAAAGCUGCUAUAGACAGAAGGGGCAGAUUUUUCCUAUGACUGAUGUAUAUUUAGGAAUUACAAUAUUUAAUGUCUGUGAAAGGUUAGCGUUGUUACCUGGUAUAUUACACGGAGAUGUUCUUUCUAGAAAAUGUAGCGCUACGAGCAAAGAGAAAAAGCCCCACGGGGUGAACAGAUUCUAAAGGCGGAUUAAACCUGUAGUAAAUUAUCAAUGACCUAUUUUAUAAAAUAGCUGAAUAUUU